AUGGCGCUGCCUAUUGCAGUUGCACCUCACGUCCUGAUUGAGAGGUGUGCCAAUGUGCCGCAGCUAUUAGGCUUUGACAUCGAACUGCAUCCAGAAAACACAGUCGAAUGCCUCCGAUGCAUGAGCGCUUGUGCAUCCCUUCAAAUCCUUGCGAACACCUCCUCUAUUCGGUCUCUCGUUCGUUUGUUCGUUCUCUCGUUCGAUAGUUCGUUUACGCGCGAUGGCGGGACUGCGGCAGCAGCAGCAGCAGCCCAAUCCAGUUUUGUAGGCUGGCAGGCAGGCGUCGUGUGGAGGCACCACUGCCAGUCAGCGUAUCAAUCAGCUCUCCCCCCGAACUCACUCGCAGCCAAUGUUGGAUUGAUUGCAUUCGGAGACAUUCGAACACUUUGCUGCGAUACCAGCAAGUUAAUUGUGCGAGCAGCAGCCAUAGCAUCCAUGGCGAUGGCGAGCUUGAGCAUGGCAUUGAACUGGACACCGCUGCAGAUUUCUGGCCAGCAGCAGCAGCCAUUUCUGCGCACCAAGACGACCCUCGUCUCCACUUCUCGUGUCUCUUGCAGCGCUGCGGAGCCCCGGAACCUCCCACUAUGCGCUGCGCGUAGCGCCUCCGGUGACGCUGAGGGGACGGGCAACCUCGUCGGGGGCUUCCUCGUGCCACUCCUCGCUGCCGCCCUUGUCGGAAGCGCCCCACUCCUGGAAGUCGUAAUUAAACCACCUGCUGCAAUUGCGGACACGACUAGUGCAGAAGAGUACAAGGAGCUUCUUCAGAGAAUCAAGGAGAAAAGAGGGAGACAGGGUUUUUCAGCUCCAGCUCCGUCUGUUGCUCCAGCCCCUGCUGUAGCUGUACAGCCAGAGCAAACAACCACUUCAUCAGCUGCAAGUGUGCUGAAGGAGGCAGCAGAGAAGGCUCGACAGGAAAGAGAGGCUGAGGCACUCAGAGCUGAGAGACAAGAAGCUGAGAAACAAGCUGAGGCUCGCAGAGCACGAGAGGCUACUACUGCUGCUCAGAUAGCCGAGCGGGAGAGAGCCGCUGUUGAAAAGGUUAAUCGCCAAAAGGACGGUGUGCCAAGUAUAACUAUCAAGAAGAAGACACAUGGAUUUCUACCUCUGUUUGUCUCACAGUUCUUUUUACUCUUGGCCACGCUUGGAGUUGGAGCUGUUCUGUUCGUUUUGCCAGAAAAGCAACUGAAGGAAAUUCAAGAUAAAAUUGAUGAGGCUGUAGACAAGGUAACUCCCAUUGCAGAGGAUAUUUACGUCAAGGGGAAGCCUUUUGCAGAAAAGGCAUGGGUGAAGGCCCAAGAGGCUGGAGUUGUGGCAAAGCCAUACGUGGAGAAAGCAUGGGAACAGGCUAAGCCGAUGGCAGCGAAGGCAGUAGAUGCUUCAAAGCCAUUGCUCAAGGAGGCGCAAGCAAAGGCCAACGAGUUGUUGCAGGAAGCCCAGAAGAAAGCCGAGUAAAGCUUGGUAUUAAAUUAUCAGGCAAGGAUUGGGGUACACGAAACAUAUCUCACGGCCACGUGUACCGGUACAUAGACAGCAUCAAACUAAGUAUGACUAGUACAUGGAACCAUUCACCUUGUAAAGAUCGAGCAUGUGACAUGGAAGUUGGGCGGCAUGAAUGUGUUUUUGAAAUGUUCUUCAGUUUCAGAUUUUCUUGGUUGACAUUCAAUUAGAAAACUUGUUAAGGGCCUGGACACCUUCCAAACCUUUACAAAUGGAGUGCUGGAUCUUCUCCCUCA